GGAAUGCUAAGCCCCACCAUCUACUUAUUUCCAAUCUCUUGCACGCGCGGAGGCUGUUGACCUGGUAGUUCACACCUCUUUGACCUUUCAUGCCCUCUGCGCAGAAAUUUCCACGAUCUUGGAUGCCGUUGGAUCUCGCUGCUGCACUGUCAAUUUCGUUCUGCAGAAGAACCAAAAAGGUUGGACAGAAAACUACAACACAUAAAGAUUUUCACCUUUGGCAACUAUGAUGUGUUUCUCUUUUCUUUUCGGAAGAUCACAUUCUUCUGGAAUUGGCCAAUCGAAUGAUGAAGAUGAAGGAUCUUCAGGUAUCCAACAUGUGAAGAUAUACCAGUACAAGGAACUAAAAAAUGCGACUGGUGACUUCAGUCCUCUGAAUAAAAUAGGGGAAGGUGGGUUCGGAUCUGUCUACAAGGGUCAGCUUAAAGGUGGCCCAAUUGUUGCCAUUAAGGUUCUUUCUGCUGAAUCAAGGCAAGGUGCACAGGAGUUCUUGAAUGAGAUUACAGCUAUCUCCAAUAUUGUGCAUGAGAACCUUGUCAAGCUUCAUGGCUGCUGUGUGGAAGGAGAUCACAGGAUACUGGUAUAUGGUUAUGCUGAGAAUAAUAGCCUUUCUCAUACUCUUCUUGAUGGACAUGACAGCGGCCUUGAUUUUAACUGGAAAGUAAGGAGCAGCAUCUGCAUAGGGGUUGCCCGUGGUCUCGCAUUCCUCCAUGAUGAAGUCAAACCAUAUAUUGUUCAUCGAGAUAUCAAAGCUAGCAACAUCCUUCUCGAUAAAAACAUGAACGCUAGAAUCUCAGACUUUGGUUUGGCUAAACUUAUCCCAUCAAAUGCAAGUCAUGUCACUACACGUGUUGCAGGAACAAUAGGUUAUUUGGCUCCUGAAUAUGCCAUCCGAGGACAAUUAACACGGAAAGCAGAUAUAUACAGUUUCGGUGUUCUCCUUCUGGAAAUAGUCAGUGGAAGAUGGAAUUACAACACAUCUUUGCCUGUUGGGGAACAGUUUCUCCUUGAAAGGACAUGGGAAUUAUAUGAAGAGGGCAGGCUGUUGGAGAUUGUAGAUUCCAGAAUGGGAGAAUUCGACCCCAAUGAGGCAGUUCGAUUUGUGAAGGUGGCACUCCUCUGCACCCAAGACAUGGCAAAGCUGCGGCCAUCUAUGAUAACGGUUGUUAAGAUGCUAAUGAACAAGGUUAGUGUUGACAGUAGGGAGAUUACUAAACCUGGACUUAUCUCUGACUUGAUGGAGCUCAAAGUUAGGCCCCCUACAGAUGCGUCAUCUCCCUUCUCUGGCUCUCGCACUACUCAAUCAAGGAAUGACACAUCAGGGCAGUGUCCGGCUGAGGGUUCACUUUUUUCUUCGUCGAAUACAAUAAAUACAACGUUCACAUUCACUACGAACAGUACCAGUUUUUAGUUGAUUGAGUUUGUUCCACGUGUGAUUUCUUGUUUAUAUUUAAGUUUAUAUGAUGUAUUUGGAGGAAGCCUUGUGAAAAUUUAUUCUCAGCUGUGUAAGUUCCCUUGUGUCAUAUUUCUCUAGAUGCAUUCCCGACUCAACAGAGGAUGGGAAUGAGGGAAAUUUGGUGUUAGAGAGUUGAACAGUUGCCAUUUUGUAUAUGAUGGUACUUUUUCAUGGAGAACCAAUUUUUCGCUAGCUGCCCUUUAUGUAUCUUAAAGUCAGCUGUUGGAUCUGUACAUAAUCAGUUGAAGAUAUGCAUUAGUGCAAGUGUUUGUUUGUGUAA